AUGCGUUGCCUAGUGGUUGUCAAUGCGGAAAGAAAGGUAAUUAUACCGUGUUCAAAUUACAGCUGUGAGUGUUUCUUUCGUCUACGCAUAAUACGUUUGCCAGCGAGUGUCGCUUUGUUACGAAAUCUUUCGUUUUUUUCUAACAGUUCUUUCUUUCUUUCUUUCUUUCUUUCUUUCUUUCUUUCUUUCUUUCUCAGUUCAGUCAUUUCGAUGGAUUUUCUCAUUCCGCUAGGCUUCCUUUCUCUCUUUUUCCUUUCUUUCCAUCUACCAACUUACAUUUUUUUUCUAUCGCCUUCUUUUCUUUCUUUUCGACUUUUUUCUUCCGUUUUCAUCUUUCUUCUUUCUUUCUUUGCUUUUCUUGGCAAUUUUUUUGUUCUAAAAUAUUCUUUGAUUUUUUCAUGUAAUUCUUUUUUCAUUCAUUCUUUCUUUACUUUUCUGUUUAUUUUUUUCUCUUUAAAAUACUUUUUAAAAAUAAUUUCUUUUUUAUUUAGUUUUCUUUUUUGUUUUGUUUUUUGUUCUAAAACUUUCUUUUACUUUUUUCAAUACAUUCUUUCUUUUUUCUUUUUUUCUUUCUUUCUUUCUUUCUUCACUUUUUUAUUUAAUUUUGUUUGGGGUCUACAAUAUUAUUUUACUUUUUUAAAUACAUUCUUUGUUUCCAUUGUUCGAUCUUUCCUUCUUUCUUUCUUUCUUUCUUUCAUUUUUUCUUUCUUUCUUUCAGAAAAAAUAUGCCCCUACUUAAUCCCUACUUUUUUGGUCACGUGA